UGAUCACUUGCAUCUUAAGCCAGACUACUAAUUUCGAAACGUAUACGUCAUAUUACCGCUACAAGACUGAUCACAAUUCACAAAAACUUCACAUUCAAGAGAUGGAGAAGCUUGUUUCAAACUGGUGCAAAAGUAAACCCUUACCUGAGUCUUAUAUAUUCCCACCGGAAACAAGACCCGGCAAGCUUCUUGUUCCUAUAUGCAAUACCAUUCCAGUAAUCGAUCUGAGUAAAGCUGAGGGUCAAAACCGAACUGAUAUCAUUCAGCAGAUUUUGAAGGCUAGCCAAGAGUUUGGAUUUUUCCAGGUUGUUAACCAUGGAAUUCCAAAAAACCUGAUGAAUGAAAGCAUGGAUGUUUUCAAGGAGGUCUUUCAGAUGCCUGCGGAGGAAAAGGCCAUUCUCUACUCCGAUGAUCCCAAAAAAAGCUGCAGGCUUUUGACAAGCAGUCCAAACUAUGAUUGGGAAGAGAUUCACGUUUGGCGUGACAAUUUGCGACACCCUUGCCAUCCUUUAGAAGAAUCCAUUAAACUUUGGCCUGAAAAGCCAACUAGAUACAGGGAGGUUGUGUCAACAUAUUCAAUUGAAGCAAAGAAAUUGGGUUUAAGGAUCCUGGAGUUAGUUUCUGAAGGCUUAGGGCUAGAAUCUGGCUACUUCGGGGAUAAAUUAAGUGAAGCUUUGUCAAUAUCAGUUAACCAUUACCCAACCUGUCCUGAUCCGAGUUUAACUCUUGGACUAAGUAAACAUUGCGACGCUAACCUCAUAACCAUUCUCCAUCAGGGAGAUGUAAGCGGGCUUCAAGUCUUCAAGGAUGGGGAAUGGAUAGGUGUUGAGCCUUUGCAUAAUGCAAUUGUGAUUAACAUAGGGCACCAGUUACAGAUUAUCAGUAACAACAAGCUAAAGAGUGCCGAACAUCGGGUUGUAACAAACUCAAAAGUUGCACGCACAACAGCUGCCUUCUUCAUUGGCCCUUCAGAUGAUAGCAUUAUAGAACCGGCGAAAUCUCUAACAAAUCAUGCCUGCAACCCUCCACUGUAUCGUGCUUUUGAAUACAAAGAAUUUAUACUUAACUUCUACUCCAUGAUGGGAUACGAUGAACUCUCUCUGAAGCCUUUUAAAUUGUGAGCUUAAUUAACAAUAUUGUAAUAGAAAUUAUGUAUGAAAUUAAAUAUGAUGCGAGAUAAAAAGAAAAAAAAAACUCUUUUUCUCCUUUA